UGGUGGUGGGUGAGUAGCUACGCCGGCGGUCACCAAACCAGCAACGCAGAGAUCUCUCCCUCUGGCCUCUCCCAGUUAUAGUUGCAAUCUCUAGUCUCUCUCCUGGAAGAGGAGAGGGGAGAUAGAAGCGAUGACUCAAAAACUUCUCCGAAACGUGUUGUUCAGUUUCCCGCAGGUUAUAGGAUUCACAAGGAGGGCCGUCAGCACAUGGCGAUUUCCCGCCGACCCUUCCACGUCCGCUACUACUCUCGGAAUCCACGUCUUUCACUGCCCUGAUGAAGUUGGGAUUGUCGCCAAGCUAUCGGAGUGCAUAGCUGUGAGAGGGGGAAACAUUCUCAACGUAGACGUGUUUGUUCCUGAAAACAAGCAGUUCUAUUGUCGAAGCGAGUUUGUCUUUGACCCCAUCAGAUGGCCACGGGCAGAAAUGGAUGGGGACUUUUUCAAACUGUCAAAGAUGUUUAAUGCAAUGAAAUCCAUUGUACGGGUGCCCGACUUUGACCCCAAAUAUAAAAUUGCAGUUCUUGCUUCAAAGCAGGACCACUGUCUGGUUGAUUUGCUACAUGCAUGGCAAGACGGGAGGCUUCCUGUUGAUAUAACUCGUGUUAUAAGUAAUCAUGACAGAGGUCCAAAUACCCAUGUUAUUCGUUUUCUUGAAAGGCAUGGAAUUCCAUACCAUUACUUGUGCACGGCUCCAACAAAUAAAAGAGAAAGUGAAAUCUUGAAUUUGGUUCAACACACUGAUUUUCUAGUGCUAGCUAGAUAUAUGCAGAUUUUAUCUGGAAAUUUUUUAGAGAACUAUGGAAAGGACAUAAUUAACAUUCACCAUGGCCUUUUGCCAUCAUUCAAGGGUGGAAAUCCUGCUAGACAGGCCUUUGAUGCUGGUGUAAAGUUGAUUGGUGCAACAAGUCACUUUGUAACUGAAGAACUUGAUGCGGGGCCAAUUAUUGAGCAGAUGGUAGAGAGAGUCUCCCACCGAGAUAACCUGCGGAGUUUUGUUCAGAAAUCAGAGAACUUGGAGAAGCAAUGCUUGGAAAAGGCGAUAAAAUCAUAUUGUGAGCUUCGAGUGCAACCCUAUGAAAAAAUCAAGACUGUUGUAUUUUGAAGGGAAUAUGGAAUGGAGAAAAUUUAAAGUUAGAGGAAUUGUGCGAUGUAUCUGCUGCCAAUCAUUAUGUUAAUUCUCCUCAUUUCUAUUGUCUCA